AUUCCACGAAACUUCUACUAGUACUACAAAUCAAUUAUUUCAUUUUUUGUUGUAUAAACUCAAAAACAAGACACAAUUGUAAGAGUGAGUUCAUCCAUAAACUACCAAACCAAACAAUCUUGAAUCUUUUGAAUCAUCGUCACUACUACCACCUCCCUAUUCUAAACUCUGCAUUAAUAGCUUCUCCGGAAGAGUUCACAGGAGACAAACAGAGAAACACCAAGUGAAGUGAAGUUUAACAACUUGUCAUCGUUGAAGAUGAAACUGAGAUUGCGAAGAGAAAAUUGAAGUAAAGUUUGUGAGAGAUGGAAAUGAAAAUGAAGAGUGGAAUAACAGUGAGUGUUGUUAUGGUGGUGUUGUUUUUGUUGGUGGAGUUAACAGUGAGUUUGAGUUCAAGAACUGAACGGUUAGCGUUAUUGGAGCUUCGGUCAUCGUUGGGUAUAAGGGGGAAAAAUUGGCCUAUUAAAAGUGAACCUUGUCGGAACUGGACCGGUGUUGAAUGCCGUAACAGUCGAGUUGUUGGUAUCAACGUGUCCGGGUUGAAGAGAACUCACAAGGGUCGUCUUAUGCCGGAUUUUGAAGUGGAUUCUCUUAUGAAUUUCACACUAUUGGAGUCUUUCAAUGCUUCUGGUUUCAUGCUUAAUGGGUCUAUACCAGAUUGGUUUGGUGAGAGACUUAGUGCACUCAGAAUGCUUGAUUUAAGGUCUUGUUCAAUAUCUGGUGUGGUUCCUGAUUCACUUGGUGGUUUGAGUAGUUUGAAGUUUUUGUUACUUUCAGGGAAUAAUCUUACUAGUAGAGUCCCUUCAAGUUUAGGGCUCUUAUCUAGUCUUUCUAUUCUUGAUCUCUCUGGGAAUUUGUUUUCAGGGUCAAUACCUGAAUCUUUCUCCAACCUUGGUAACCUUACAAGCCUUGAUCUUUCUAAUAAUUACUUAUCUGGGUCUAUUCCACCUGAACUCGGUGUCCUUUCAAAUCUUCAAAUUUUGAACCUUUCUGAUAACACCUUCACCGCUUCUGUUCCUACUCGGCUAGGUAAUCUUUCAAAGUUGGUUGAGCUUGAUCUUAGUAUGAAUUCUCUUUCUGGGCCAUUGCCGCGUAGUUUGUUUUCUUCUAGAUUUUUCGCCAUUCGAGUUAUGAUUUUGAGUAGGAAUUCAAUUGAUGGUGAUCUUCCUGAUGCUAUAUGGUCAAUGCCUGGAUUGCACUUAUUUGAUGUAUCAGGUAACAGUCUCACUGGUCCACUGCCGAUAUUGUCUGGUUCAAAUGUUAGCUCAAACGGUGGCGUAUUCAAUUUAUCGAACAAUUUGUUCUACGGACCUGUGAAUGGUUUGACGAACAGGCUUAAAAUGAUUGAUUUGUCUGGUAAUUAUUUGGAAGGCGAUGUGCAAGAUGGUCUUAGUAAUGUUACUCUAGCUAGAAAUUGCCUAAAGAAGAUUUCAAACCAGAGGGAUUUGAAAGAAUGUAGAAUGUUUUAUGUUCAGAGAAAUGUAUCCUUUGAUCAUGAUGAUAACCAUGAGACGGAAAAGACGAAACGAGUAAUAUUCAUACUGGCAGGUGUAUUUGGUGGAUUUGGAUUUAUUGUGCUACUGCUAUUGGUCCUGGUGUUGUUUCUAAAACAAUGUCAUAAGAGUAAAGAUAUGGAAAUUGAAAGAGGGACCACAACUGGGGGGCGUGUUACAGAAGGGGAAACUCCUACACCUAAGGAUCCAAUUUUUGUAUCAGCUGUCGGAGAGUCGUUUACUUUCGAACAAAUACUCCAUUUUACGGGAAAUUUUGAUGAAGCAAACUUAAUAAAACAUGGUCAUUCUGGAGUUUUUUUCUUCGGAGUUUUGGACAGUGGAGUAACUGUGGUUGUCAAAAGGGUAGACUUAAGUUUGUUUAAAAGAGAGUCUUACAUUGCAGAGCUGGGAUUAUUAAGCAAGGUUUCACAUGCAAGAUUGGUUCCAAUUUUGGGACAAUGCAUGGAUAAUGAGAAGGAUAAAUGUAUAGUUUACAAGUAUAUGAUAAAUGAAGAUUUGGCUACUUCCUUACAUAGAGUCGGUGGUUCGGAUGGGAAGUUGCAGUCCCUGGAUUGGAUCACAAGAUUGAAAAUCGCAACCGGAGCUGCUGAAGGCCUAGCUUACCUACAUGAUUGCAGCCCUCCUCUUGUUCACAGAGAUAUCCGAGGCAGUAGUAUACUUCUCGAUGAUAAGUUUGAAGUGCGGCUUGGAAGUUUAAGUGAGGUUACUGCCCAAGAAGAUUUUCAUCAGAAUGUAGUGUCAAGAGUUUUCAGCAAACCACUAUCUUUGAAUCAAGGCAAUUAUGGUAAAUCAUCUGUGACAUGUGCUUAUGAUGUCUACUGUUUUGGGAAGAUUUUACUGGAGCUUGUUACUGGUAAUAUCGACAUCAGCGAAUCAGAUGAUGCAACCACAAAGGAUUGGAUAGAGCAAACCUUGAAUUACAUCACCAUAUUCGAUAAAGAACGGUUGGCUAAGAUCGUCGACCCGUCUUUGAUAGUGGAUGAGGACUUAUUGGAAGAGGUAUGGGCUAUGGCAAUCGUGGCCAAGUCGUGCCUUAAUCCUAAGCCUUCCAAACGACCUCCAAUGAAACAUGUCCUCAAAGCGCUUGAAAAUCCAUUGAAGAUUGUGAGAGAAGAAAGUUUUAGUUCGGCAAAGUUGAGAACAACUUCAUCGAAUCGAUCGUGGAGCACUGCGUUUUUUGGUAGCUGGAGACACAGUUCAUCAGACAGCGGUGCUACUGCUACCAAUAGGGAGGGUUCUAGUGGCAUUAAACAAACAGGAAGAAUAAGUUCUCAUGGUAGUGGUGGACAUGAUCACUCGUCUUCGAAUAAAAGGUCAUCGAAUGAAAUUUUCCCGGAACCGUUGGGAAUGCAAGACUUGGAGAAUGGAGAGUUAAGAUGAAACAGUUAGGAAAUGGACUUGGUUAUUCUUUUAUUGGUGAAGUUCUACCUCUUUUUUGGGUAAUAACUCGUGCCAUAUCAAGUUCUUGUUAUGGUUCAUCAUCACCAUGUUGAAGCAGUUAAAAACCAGACUGUUACAGUUAAUGAUUGGUUUUGCUUUCUAAAGCUGAUUAAGCAGUACACAUUGAGAUUCUGGUCCCUAAAGUGCUUAGGUAAAAUGAAUGUGUGACAGAUUGUAAAAAAUAAUAGGAGAGUUUUCAUUUUGUGAUGCUAGUGAGUGAGUAGUCAUCAUUUUGUGAGGAAUCAGAAAGUGGUGAAAACUGUGUUUCAAAUAGAAUUUUAUUUAGAGUUAUAGUGUGGUAAGUGAUUGAAGUGAAAACACAAAAAAUAUUAGUUAACUUUGUUUUGGAGGAUCAUUUUCUUGUACUGUAGUCUUGGUUGGUUAGUCACGUAUCUAAGGCCAUGAUCUGUUUGUGCAAACAAGGUAUUUACAAUUCGAUCAAUUUCAGUUUUUUAUGUUUCA